AUGGCCAAAGUUCAAAUCGAACCGGUACGAACGGGAGAAAAACGCAGCCACGCUGUGCCUCGCGGCGCUCCUCCCCGCCCCACCUCCUGCGACGCCCCGCGCGCCGCCGGCCGCCUCCAACGGCCACCCACCCACACACCGGCGCAGACCCUGACGACCCACGCGCACCCGAGACCCGGCGCCCCCAUCCAUCUACCUCCUCACCGCGUCGCGCCGCUGCGCCCCCAAAGCGCCGCCCGGCGAUGGAUCCAAGCCGGCAACCGCCACAGCGCGCCUCCUGGCGGCGGAUCCGGGCCGGCAACUAUUCCCCUCCUCCCCCACGACUGGUUUCCUCUCCUCUGCGUCAAGAUCGACGGUGUUCAGCAUGUAGAAGCCGGACGACAUGAUGCUGCUGUUGCCGAUCUGCUGCAGCGUCUCUUGUUCGACUCCGAGAUCACCGGCAAUGAACACAAUCAGAUGAGGACGUGCGUGCGUGUGGCGUGUGUGCUGCUGCUCGCCAUCGCUGCCGUGCAUGUGCAUCGUGCCGACUAUGUGCCAUGUCAUCCACAGGGCUUCGUCCUUGGUAUCGGCGGUGGACGAGUGCGAGGCCAAAGUUUGAGCUUAGGGUGGAAACAUGUGUCGAGCAGGAUGUUCCUGCUCUUGGAAUACUUGUGCACGUAGUUGAGUCCGCCUGCCACGUCCAGCGCGACCUGGACAUGUUGGCUCCAUCCGAGCACCUCGUCGCUGUGGAGCCACUUGCUAAGCGCGCUGUUCUUGGCGAACUCGAACAUCAUGUACGUCAAUACAUGUAGCCGCCGUGCAUGCAGUGAUGGAGAGGCCCCGGACAGGCAGAUGAGGCUCAAGUGGUUGAGGCGACAAGGAUGCUCACCUCGACGGUAGCGCACACAUCAUUGACUCCUGUUCGCGAUCGUCGGUUGUAGUGCAUGGCAUGGCGAUGGUGGGGGAGAUGCGAAGGGAAGAUGAGAAGGGAAGAUGAUAGGGGGGAUUACUCGAUAAGUAUGCGGAGGUGCUGUAAAGUUUCCUCCUUUAUGUAUAGUUAUUUCAUUAUCCAUCUAAAUAUCAUCCCAUGUAUAUGUAUGAAACUCAUUUUGUGCUGCUAAAUUUUCUGUA